GCAGGGGUCCGCCGAAAAGGACACCUUCAAUCAUAACCUGCUGUACGUACCACAAGGGUCGCCUUUACCUACACUAUUUCCAUUGCGCGGCCUUGUGCCGAACUCUCGACAACUGAACCUCAAUCACCAAACACCUCCCAACUCCCCUCCAAUUCUUCAACCCUACCCACCGUCUGUCCGUUCGUCAUUCCAAAAUGUCGAUGGACGCGUUCUUCAAGGACGAGUCCGCCAGGAAUCUGCGCUCGUUGCUGAAAGUCGUCAUCCUCGUCACCAUCGCCGGCGCUGCUGUCUCAAGUCGACUGUUUUCGGUGAUCCGAUUCGAGAGCAUAAUCCACGAAUUCGAUCCAUGGUUCAACUUUCGAGCCACCAAAUACCUCGUUAAGAACGGGUUCUACAACUUUUGGGAUUGGUUUGAUGACCGAACAUGGCAUCCGCUGGGACGAGUCACUGGUGGUACUCUGUACCCAGGCUUGAUGGUUACCUCCGGCGUUAUUUACCACAUCCUCCGGUUCCUGACAUUCCCGGUCGACAUUCGAAACAUCUGUGUCCUGCUUGCUCCGGCCUUCUCGGGAUUGACUGCACUAGCUACGUACUUGUUCACCAAGGAGAUGAAGGAUGAGUCGGCUGGAUUGCUCGCUGCUGCCUUUAUCGGUAUUGCACCUGGUUACAUCUCGCGCUCGGUGGCUGGUUCCUACGACAACGAGGCAAUUGCCAUUUUCCUUCUCAUGUUCACCUUCUACCUCUGGAUCAAGGCGCUCAAGCUUGGAAGUGCGUACUGGGGCGCUCUUUGCGCUCUGUUCUACUUCUACAUGGUUGCCGCAUGGGGUGGAUACGUCUUCAUCACCAACAUGAUUCCUCUGCACGCCUUCGUGCUAAUUGUGAUGGGUCGCUACUCACCGCGCCUGUACGUUUCGUAUGUCAGCUGGUAUGCUCUCGGCACAUUGGGCAGCAUGCAGAUUCCCUUCGUUGGAUUCUUGCCCAUCCGCUCGUCGGAGCACAUGGCCGCGCUAGGUGUCUUCGGUCUGCUGCAGAUUGUUGCCUUCGUGGACUACGUCCGCUCCCAGGUUCCGUCCAAGCAAUUCCAGUCGCUGCUCCGUGCUUUCAUCAUCAUUGCUUUCGUCGGAUCUUCUGCCGCACUUGUGCUGUUGACCGUCUCCGGAACCAUUGCGCCAUGGUCUGGCCGCUUCUACUCGCUGUGGGAUACCGGCUAUGCCAAGAUUCACAUUCCUAUCAUUGCGUCCGUCUCGGAGCAUCAGCCCACCGCAUGGCCUGCCUUCUUCUUCGACUUGGAGAUGCUGAUCUGGCUCUUUCCGGCCGGAGUAUACAUGUGUUUCAGAACCCUGGCAGAUGAGCACGUUUUCGUUAUCAUCUACGCCAUCAUGGCCAGCUACUUCGCCGGUGUCAUGGUCCGUCUCAUGCUUACUUUGACUCCCGUUGUCUGCGUGGCUGCCGCUAUUGCCCUGUCUAACAUAUUGGAUACCUACACCACUUUCGAUGUGCCUGAGCCUGCCGCAGUUGAAGCUGCGAUCGCCACUGAAGAGAAGGCGAAGACUGGGGAUAAGAAGCCCGGUCUCUUGACCGCCAGUCGUGAAUCUAUCGUUGGAAUCUUCUCUCAGGGAUCCAAGAUCACUGUAGUCGGCGCGUUCACUUUCUACCUCUUCCUUUUCGUGCUCCAUUGUACUUGGGUCACCUCCAAUGCUUACUCUUCGCCAUCCGUGGUCCUCGCAUCUCGUUUGCCCGAUGGCUCGCAGCACAUCAUCGACGACUACCGUGAGGCGUACUACUGGCUAAGGAAAAACACUCCCGACGAUGCGAAGAUCAUGAGUUGGUGGGACUACGGCUACCAGAUCGGCGGAAUGGCCGACAGAGCUACUUUGGUGGACAACAACACCUGGAACAACACCCACAUUGCAACUGUCGGAAAAGCGAUGGCUUCGCGUGAGGAGGUCUCCUACCCCAUCCUCCGUCAGCACGAUGUCGACUACGUUCUCGUCAUCUUUGGCGGUCUGCUCGGAUAUUCCGGUGAUGAUAUCAACAAGUUCCUAUGGAUGAUUCGUAUCGCCGAAGGCGUCUGGCCCAACGAGGUCAAGGAGCGUGACUUCUUCACCCCACGUGGCGAAUACAAGGUCGACGACCAAGCCACCGAAACGAUGAAGAACAGCUUGAUGUACAAAAUGUCGUACUACAACUACCAUGCCCUCUUCCCUGCUGGCAAGGCCCAGGACCGUGUUCGUGGUGUAAUGCUGCCUGAAACCGGGCCCACACUCAAUACUCUGGAUGAGGCCUUCACCAGCGAGAACUGGAUAGUGAGGAUCUACAAGGUGAAGGAUCUGGACAAGCUCGGAAGAGACCACGCUUCGGCAGUGGCCUUCGAGUCGGGAAAGAAGAAGAGAAAGGGAAAGAGCGGACAGAGCAAGGGCGCACGGCAGUUGAGAGUAAUCUAAGCUUGCCGUUUUGUUUUCUGUUUCUUGUUUCUUUUGGUAGUCUUUUUUUCCUUUUUUCUUUUUCCUUAAAUGGGUUGGGUCAUUCCGGAUCCUGGUGUACGGUUGUGGGAUAUCCUUCCUCCCUUUCCCGUGGGUUAUGUAGACUGGCUAUCAAAAAUGGCGAAAAAGAAAUGCAAAUGAAGCUUACUACAACGC